UAUACUUCCGGUGUGAAUUUAACGCCUGAAUUCUCCAGUUGCCAAGGAAUAAAACCUCGGAUAACCACUGAGCCGUAACACGGAUACGUUAGUCGGAACUUUUUGUCUUAAUAGCGUAACCCACAGCGUGUUUUAAUAUAACAUGAAUUAAUCGUGUGCUUUAAUAUUAAUAGAUACGUAGACACGUAAAAUAACAACUUAACUUUCCACCGGUGAUUUGCGUUACAACGGUUUUCUGAUAUGAUGCAAGCAAGCUUACCAGUGAAUUUGGAUGGACGUUUCAAUGAUUUGACCAUGAGAAGGAGUCCGAGGAGACCCCUUAUCCUGAAAAGAAGAAAACUACCUUUUCAGCAAAAUGAAGCAGCUGACGCACGCUCUCCGUCUGCUGCUUCAAGCUCCAAAGAAUCCUCAAAACCAGCUGCCAGUCAGUGCCUCCUAGAUGGUGUCCACAUCAUGGGUCAUUCAUCCAUGUCUGACACUCAGGUGGUUUUCAUCCCCAAAGACGUGGAUCUUCAGGUUGUUAUUGAUGCCAUUACUGCAAAAAGUAAAGAGUGUGGUGACCAGGGUCCAAGCAAGUUCAUCCUUCUGAGUGAGAGUGGAAGCCGGGACAAUGGAUCUUCUUGUCAAGAAUUUGCCAGAGAAGAAUCUGUUCCUACGAGGAGUCCAGUUGGACAAUCUGUAAGCUCGGAAGCCACAUUCAACACUGAAGCUGAUCAUCAAUCUGGCUGUAAAUACGUGAUUAAAGAAGCGAGUUGCAGCCCGUUAGACGACAGCCUCACAAACAUCCAGUGGCUGGGCAAGAUGGACUCCUGUGCCCUAGAGCCGGAUUCUGAAGAACAGACGACAGACAAAUCGAUUCCAACAUCCCAGAAUUUACAGCCACAUGGUCCAUACGCCAGUGCAGAAGCUGUCCAGGGUACCGAAGCAGAGAGACCUCCAUACUCCUACAUGGCCAUGAUUCAGUUUGCCAUCAACAGCAAGAAGGACAGGAGGAUGACGCUGAAGGAAAUCUAUGCAUGGAUCGAGGACAAUUUUCCCUAUUAUCGAGAUGUGGCCAAACCGGGCUGGAAGAAUUCUAUUCGACACAACCUUUCUCUGCACGACAUGUUCAUUCGCAAGUCAUCACCCGAUGGUAAAACGUCCUUCUGGACAAUCCCUCCUGAGGUUAACCGAUGCCUCACUCUUGAUCAGGUUUAUAAGCCCUGUUGUGAUCCAGUGGCUGCUGCCGUUCCCGCACCAAUGCUUUCAUGUUCCCAUCAAAGAACGGCUGCUGUUGGCAGAAAAAUACCAGCCUCUUCUGAGAGAAGGAUGAAACCGCUUCUCCCUCGAACCGAAUCCUACUUGGUUCCGAUCCAGCUCCCUGUGGCCUCUCCGUUGUAUCUGUCAACCCCAUCUGCCUCCUUUAGCUACGCUUGCCCCAAGCAGAAGCAGACCUUUUCUCGAGGGGCAAAGAGAGUCCGCAUAGCUCCUAAGGUGACACAAAGCAGCAUCUCGGUUGUGGCUGAAUCUCCUCCCAAGAUCACUAACCUGAAGCUGGAGAUAAAGGAGGAGCCAGUUGAUGUUCCAAUAAGAUGUGAGACUCCCAUUCGUCCUCCGAAGAGACAAGCCAGCAGCUCUCGACGCAAACAGAGCCUGGCUAACUCGCUGCACGAGGAGCCUGUUCUCCUCUGUCCUGAUAGUGACUUCUUCGACUCUGGUGUAGCUUCUGAUGUGUCGACGUUCCAGGACGUUCUGGAUGUCGGGCCGAAUGAGCAGCGGCACAGACAAGACAGUCCUGACCGGGGGUUCUCCUUCAAGACUCCGAUAAAGAGCAUCACCCACCUGACCUCUUCCACCCCCAGCAAACGCUCUUCUGUUGGACUCGAGCCAUGGCUUGUGACCCCUGUGGGCAAAGGGAGCCAAAACAUUCUGGACUUCAGUCCUAUUCGCACUCCGAGCGGUCCUGUAGCCACGCCCCGGCACGAAUACACCACCUUCAGUCUGAACAGCACUCCCUUUAAAGACCUGGCUCUGUUCAGCUCCCCCCGGGAGCUGCUCACCACGGCUCCCUGCAGAGUCACCAGAUCAACGGAGUCGCCGAUCGGACACCCGCAAAGCAGCUGCUCCAGGGAGCUCCUGCAAGCCGGCAGCGCCACGCCCACUAACCGCUCGCUCACGGAGGGCCUCGUGCUGGACCUCAUGAACGACAGCCUGAGCAAGAUUCUGGUGGACAUCAGCUUCACGGGUCUGGACGAGGAACUGGGCAUCGCUAAUAUCAGCUGGUCAGAGUUCAUCGGGCAGGUUUAGAUCACUGGAAAGAUAAACUGCAGAAUUUGGAGAAAACACUACAAACCACACACACACACUCUUUAUUGCUUUAAUGAAACUUUAUUGACAAACCGCAGGUUGAUUUUUAAAUAUUAACGCAUCUUUAUGAAUAUAUGUUACAAGAAGAGAGCCGUCGUCUCUCUGGAACAAAACGAGCUCCUUUUUGCUUUGCUUGAGCAGAUUUUUGCUGCCGUUUCUGGUGAAGUUUGAGAUAAACGACAGCGAGGCUUGCUCACUCGUGCUUGGCUGUUUCUCUGCUAGUUUGGGUUUGUUUGUUUUGCUCAUUUAAAUCACUUAUUGGAUUAUUAACGUCCGAACAUUUUAAUCCACAACUGUCGUUGAAAGAAGAUGAAUAUUUAAGUGUAUAAAUAAGUUGAUUUGCACAUUCUAAUAUAUGAUUUACAGCACUUCCAUCUGCAAGUGGGAAAGAGUUUCUGAAUAUUUUAGAAAGAUCUUUCUGUGCCUCGUGGUUCAAACAGCGUUUGGAACCGCAUUAGACUGUAGGAGUAAGAAAGUAUUACUAUUAUUAGCACUAACAGCAAUAGGAUUGUCUCUGUUUACUUUAGAAAUGUACGUUGUUGUUUUAAUUCUCACUGACUGGAAUGUUUUUGCCAUCUUCCAGAUCUGAUCAGAAGGGAGGAUUUGUGUCUUCACAUUUAACAUCAAAAGGGACUAAAGAAUAUUUUAUUUGUAUUCUCUGAGAAAGCUUGAUGGCUUUUAUUCUUGUCUUGAAGCAGAAUCAGCAAAAUAGAGGAAAACAUCUGUGUUGGUGCGUGGAAGAUAGCAUGGAAGUUUCUUUAGAGACCAAGUUUGUUGGCACAAACUAUUGUGACUUCAUUUUUUAUGCUACAUGUGAGUGAAAAUGUGUAGUUUCGCUUUCUAGAGCUGCAGGUGAUUACUUCCUUUCAUCGGUGGAAUUAAUGAAGUGAGGUGUAACGUUUCUGGAAAACUCAGUCUGAAUACACAUUUCUACUCUUGUGUAAAUAAAAGUCGACAAGAAGCACGAACA